UUUUGUGACCUCAACAAUAGAGCCUAAAAUAAACUCUUUCAUUUUGCUAUAGCAACUGCUUGCAGCUCUGGCUAUGGGAGCCCAUGGGGCAGUUGGCAGCACAUAUAAUUACGUAGCACGUCAUGUCAACAAGCUCAUUUCAGCAUUUGAGAAAGGCGACAUUGUCCAAGCCAGGACAAUACAGUUCAAGAUGCAAGAGCUUCUCGGUUAUGCCAAGAAAAUUGGCUUUGAUCUGGGAGUGAACAAGCAGCUGAUGAUUGAGGUGUCAGGCUUGUGUCUGGGGCCCCCUCGGCUCCCCUUGAUGCCGUGUCCUCAUGCUCACGCUGUGUCCAUCGCACAGAAAUAUCACAGCAUUUUUCCUGAACUGAAUUGAUAUGUUCACACUGGGUUGUUGAAUCCUGAUUAUCCCUCAACAGCCCAACAUUUAGUGCUCACCUAAUUACAGUUACUAAUGCUUCGGACACAUGGGGAUUAUGAUGGAUCCAGUUCACUGUGUUUAUCAUUAUAGUACUAAACUAGCAUUUUUUUAAUCAGCCGUUUACACUUUGCCUCAAGCCUUACCCCUAAAAAUACAUUUCAAUAUCAAACAAAAGGCUUGCUUUGUAUUUAAGUGGCCUGGGACCUACCACUACAUUAGAGAUUAAAAAGCAUAAGUUGUCUUUACUCAAUAAACUUGAAUAUUUUUAUGGGCAUUUUCAGCUGACAUAUUGUUCGUGUGUCUGGGGAAAUAUCUAAUAUGUUGACAAAUAUUUUAAUCUCAAUGUUUAUCAUUUUAUAAAAUAAAUGUGGGAACGACUAACUUCCAUUGCCUAGGGGAAUGUGACACUUUAGUUUUUGCUACUUUUAGAGACUGUAACAUAACAGCAGUAUUAUCUUAUUAUCCUGUUCUGUGGAAGACAGAAUAGACAGAAUCUCAUUUUAGGAACUUGAGCCUUUUAAAGUCACGUAGUAUGACAUUCAUAGACAAUUAAAAUGAUCACAGUGAAAAGCAUCAUAGCUUCAUCACUGUUUUUAUGGUUCUGGUUUGUUUGAAUGUUUUGCCUUCAUCCUUCAUCCUGCCAUUUUUUUUUCUAUCUUGAAAAUCACAGUUAUGGAAAAACCCAGACCUUAGGCUGACUCUACCAGAGGGAGGACAGCAGGCAGAGGGGGCAUCGAUAAAAGCGUUUCUUACACUCCAAAAACAAUAAACCUUGUUAUGAGUUAAAAUGCAUAAGCUGUUAUUAAAUGUACACUUUCUGAUGGAAUUUAAAGGGAAAUGUAUUAUGGAACAAAGAACCCUUGCUUUUUAUAUCGUAACACAGUCACUGAUUUCUUACCAAUAAAUCUGCUGAGCCAACUGUUGUUGGUUCACGGUGAUGUAA